ACCAUACCAUGUGGACACAACUUCUGCAAAAAUUGCAUCACUGAACACUGGAACACCAGCGACCAGUACAGGUGUCCAAUGUGUAAGGAAGCUUUUACCAAGAGACCUAAACUGAGGGUCAACACUUUCAUCUCUGAGAUGGUUGGUCAGUUCAGAGACAAAGCUCAGCAGGAAGCCAGCAGCAGCAGCAGCAGCUCAGAGCUACAAGAGUCCAAACCAGGAGAAGUUCUAUGUGACGUCUGCACUGGACCCAAACUGAAGGCCCUGAAGUCCUGCUUAGACUGUCUGGUCUCCUACUGUGAGACUCACCUGGAGCCCCAUCUGACAGCUUCACGUCUGAAAAGACACCAGCUGAUCGACCCUGUGGAGAACCUGGAGGACAGGAUGUGUACGAAGCACGAUAAACCUCUGGAGCUGUUCUGUAAGACCGAUCAGACCUGUGUCUGCAUGCUCUGCUCUGUUUUAGACCACAAGACACACAGUUUGUUCCUCUGA